CCCCUCAUCGAGCGUGGACCAGUCUAGCGUCCGUCUGCAACAGCUCCUGGAUUUGUCGGGCAUCGAUCUGACCGCAUCCAGCUCGACCUCUACUCCACCAAUUCUCAAAGUACCUUGAAGCGCAAGCUGUAAUGUCUGCGCUGACACCAGAGACCCUGGCAGCGCUGCGAGCGCCCAUCCUCCGGAUCCUGCGAGCGUCUGAUCUCAAGAGCAUCAGCGCUAAAAAGGUCCGGACGCAGCUGGCAGACAGCGGCUUGCUGGGUCAGCUGGGCGUGAAUGUGGAAGAGAAGCUUCACAAAUCGGCCUUGGAUGAUGAGAUCAGAGGCGCUUUCGCCUUGCUGGAUGCUGAACGUCAAAGGAAUGGAGCGGCUCCUCUGGGCAAUGCUGCCGCCGCUGCUGCCGCGCAGCCCGCUUCUUCUUCGGCACCGGCGGUGCAACAAGGCAUCGCCUUGCCUGGACUGGGACGCAGGGGCGACUCUUCGAGCACCAGCAUCACUUCUUCGGCGCCUACCAUUCCUCACCGCGUCAAAGCGGAGCAAGAUGCGCAGAUGGCAGCUCGCCUCCAAAAGCAAUACGAUGCGGAAUCUGGUCCUUCCACUCGAAGAUCCAACGGGACCAGCUCAUCUUCGGGCGGAGGCAAGCGGAAGAAGUCGGGCGGAGUGAGCAAGUCGGACGAUGUGAUUAGCAGCGAGGAGGAGGUGGGAGUUGUGGGCAACGGGUCGAGCAGCAGCGGCAGCGCAAAAAAGAGGAAGAGCUCGAGCGGGACAAAGUCGGGAAAGAAGAAGGAAAAGGAGCUGAAUGCGGAUGGAACGGAAAAGGCAAAGAAUCCCAACAAUCCCUUCAACAGGCCCGUUCUGCUCAGUCCCGCAAUGGCUGAUAUAUGCGGCGGCGAUGAGAUGCCGAGAUACGAAAUCACCAAGAAGCUCUGGCAGUACAUCAAGGCGAACAGCUUGCAAAACCCAACGAAUGGAAGAGAGAUCUUGUGCGACGCAAAGCUCACGGAUCUGUUCGGAAAGUCCAAGGUGGACUCCUUCGCGAUGGCAAAGCUUGUAUCUCAGCAUGUCAGGCGCAAAGAAGAUCUCUGAGUCAUGCCACGCUUCAUCAACAUUCGUCAUCUAAUCACUCUCUUCUCCUCGAUUGUCUAUUCUCCUGUUUCCCCUAUUGCCCCUCCUCGCCUUGAGCGCCUACUCUUGACUCGCGUCUUGGCAAAGCAAAAAGCAAACAACAAGCAGAGGAAGUGGGCCCCCGCCUUUGAACCCUCGAAACGCCUAUGGCGUGGUGCUGCGAACUCCCGUCUACAUAAUUAUCUUCAAACGUCACACAUUUUCGAGGUGGGAAUCGAUGCCUUGAUGCACUUGAUCCAUCGCCCAGUCAUCAAGC